GAAUUCUGAAGGGUUGACCUUCUAUGAUUAUUAAAAACAUGCAUGCAACAAGCUGGGCUUAGUUGUUUCUAGCUAGCUAGCUAGAGAAGGUAGCUUUGAAUGUACUGUAUAAACGACCAUUUGUUGGCCCAGACUGUGAUACGUAAUGCCCGAGUUCAUCCAGUUUGAGAGAAUGAUGAGAGCUUUGUUCAGAGUUAAAGGACCUCAAGGAAUCAUUACUCUAGAAGAUGGUAAAACCCGUUGUAGGAGCGUGGUGUGUCGAGAAGGAGUCUAUGCUAAGGACAUCAUUGCUGAGGUGUGCUCCACUCAUGAUCUUCAGGUAGCACCUGUGGCUCAACCAUUUUUUGCACUGUGCGACAGACUCUCUCUUCACCCUGUAAGCCCGUAUAGAAAGAUGGAUGCUGAAGACUUAAAGAAACAAUACCAACUGAGGAUCUUUGUGAACACUGGAGGGAACAGCAUGCAUUUCCAAAAGAUGAGCAAGUCGACCUAUUCCUACUAUCAUAAACAGUUGAAGGAGGACUUCAUUCAAGACCGUCUGUUCCCACGAGCCACCAUCAACACGGCCGUGUGGAUGGCAGCCAUCGACAUGGCCAGGGAAGCUCUGGACAAAAAGAAAGAUUUCAAUGACCUCACGAAGAGUGCACGAGAGAUGCUGCGAUUCAUGCCCAAGUUUCUAGUCGAGAAAUAUCAAAAGGAUCCUGAAAUGAGACAGAAAUUGAGGAGCACCUUUGAUCGUUUCAACGCAAUUCAAGAGAACAUCACUCCCAACCACUUUGUGGGCAAGUACAUCGAAGUGUAUGAAAAGGACAAAAUGUGUGGACGCCAUAUCUACAGAUUGAGACAAGGUGGUCGUCACAGGGUACAGUUCUUGCUGGUUGUGUCCGCCAAGGACGGUGUCUACAAGACAAGUGGGGACGACCCCACAGAAGAGAAGGAGCCUGCGUUGUGGCAUAUCGAGGAUGUACGAGCUUUGCGAGUAGAUCUGACUGCCCUCUCUGUUACCGUAGAGACAGAGAAACCAGGAGCUGGCGGUACAAAGUCCAUUGAAACAUUGCAUUUCACGGACAGGAAGGAGCUGAUUUCGUUCUCAGUGGUAGUACACACCUACCAUCAGAUCCUGGUGGAUGUGACUGCUACCAUUCUGGCUGGAGAUCUAACUCCCCCUGACGAGUGUCUUCGAAUCGGGAAAGAUGAUGGCUUCCGUAGAGAUGUUUGUCAUGGACCCAUAACGCCACACGACGUCAACAAAGUCCUCAAUAGACUAGACAACAAAAAAACUGGCAACUAUCUGAUUCGUGAGAGCCGAAAUGUAACAAAAGCUUACACUCUUUCUCUCUGCGCCAUUGGCCAGAUAUUUAACUAUCGGGUAGUUUGUUCACCCGACGGGGAAUAUUGUUUUGAGGGUCCAGCUGGUGAUAAUGGCAGCAAUGGACACUCGAUGUUCAAAACUUUGAAGGGUCUUAUCGAGCACUACAGUUCGAUUCAGAAUGGGCUCCCGUGUAGACUGGGCACCAACAUUUGUCCAAACAUAGCCCCCAUACCCCUCAUACCCUCCGCCUCCUCUCUUCACUCCGACACAUCCUCCAGCACAACUUCUGUGAUCAUGUCAACUAGUCGUGGCUUCUCGGAUGUGAGCUCCUCCUCUGAACACUCCCCCAACUCCACGCCCCCUUCUACCCCCCACUCACAAGACACGCCCCCCACACCUGGCUUCAGAUCAUCCUUCCCCCAUCCUAUGUCUGACACUUCGUCAAAUUUUCCUAAUUCUUCACUCACAUCUAAUAUUCCAACUGAUACUUCAAACACGUCUUCCAUUCCUCAAAGUGACACUUCAGGAACCCCUUCCCUUCCCACUAACGACAGCUCAUUAGUACCCCUCCCGUCAGAACGACCAUCGAUUCUUUCCCUCUCACAAUCCCCCGGCUCUAUCCACAAACCCCUUAUAUCUCGUACCCCCUCAUCUAUCUCCCCAUCACCCAAUACCUCAGAAACAGAGUUCUUAUCGCAGAUAGCCCCUCGGAUACCGACAAUCGACAUUAAUCCGAUUCCUGCUAGUACCGUUCUUUCCAAACCAGAAUGCCCCCAGAACCCUCUCAUUAAAGAGCUAGUUGAUGUGGGCGUGAACUACAUCAGCUUUAGAGAGCUCAAAAUCAUUGGUGAUCUUGGAUCGGGUAACUACAGUCAGGUGCACCUGGCUAACUGGAGCACAGGGCAGUCGUCGGUGGUCAAAGUGGCAGUCAAGAUUCCCACGGCCAAGCCCAACACAGUAGAUGAGGUCAAGAAGGAGCUCCAGAGAGAGAUAGAGACAAUGGCCGCCCUAAACCACCCUAACAUCGUGCGUCUCCUCGGAAUCUCUGAAGUGCAACACUUCAUCAGCUACAUUGGUGAGCUUCCCGUAGUGAUAAUGGAGUACGUUGAGGGAGGUAGUCUGAGAGGAUUCCUCGACAAAGUGAAGAAGAACCCUGCCUUAGCUAGCCUGAAACUCUUCCUCUCGUUUGGAAAGCAAAUGGCUGACGGGAUGAAGUAUUUGGAAGAAGAGAAGCUUGUCCACCGUGACUUAGCCGCCAGGAAUGUCCUCCUAGUCAAAGAGACUGAGCAGAUCAAGAUCUCAGACUUUGGUCUAGCCAGACAAAGUACUAAUAGCUCCAAGGACUACGCCUACUACAUCGGCCAGAACUCCUCGAAUGGACUGCCUAUUUUCUGGUAUGCUCCAGAGUGUCUUCAUAACUUGCGGUUCACCACUAAGGGUGACGUGUGGAGUUAUGGGGUGACUCUGUGGGAGAUGUUUAGUCACGGGGAACUGCCCACCCAGAUACUGAGCAGAGUCAUCAAGGACUCCAGCGUCACCAGCGCUCAGGCAGCAUUCAAAAAGCUGGCUGACCACCUGGAGAAUCCACGUAACCGGCUCCCCAAGAGAAUAAACACCCCGACAGAGGUGUACGCUCUUAUGAACGAGUGCUGGAACUGCCGACCUUCAGAAAGACCAUCGUUUAGUGAACUGUCUGUAAAAAUGGAAAAACUGUUGGACUUAGCAAUUGCGAAAGCGAGAAGAAAAGCUAUUCAAAACUUUUAGUAUAUAUUUUGUUAUCAUUCUGUGUUUGUUCAUGUUUGUCACUUACAUGUGUAUGUCAACUCGAGAAAAGUGUCAUUUUCAUAUAACUUUUCCCCACCUUUUCUGUCAUGUAGCGAGUAUAUACAAUGUCCUCCUUUUUUCUGUGACAAACCUUUGCUCAAGAUUUGAUGCUCAUGGCUGCAUAUCUUUUUAUCACAUUAUAUUUUUGUUCUAGCUUCCAUUAUAUAAUUGUAUGGUUAAAAAAUCAACGUCA